UUAUCUUUUUCCUUGACUCUGGCCCCUCCCUCUUCCCUUCCCUUCCCUUCCAGAAACCAGUGAUGCCACAACCUCUACAUUCACAGACCGAGACGAAACCACUUCAUUUAUAAACCAAACCAACUUCAUAUGAUUACCAAUUAAUCAUUACAUCAACCAUAACAAAUUCCUGUUUAAUCUUUAGUUAACAUGGAGCGUGUCGCAAUAAGGUUUCUGGUGGCGACGGCAGUGAUUUUAGCUGCUGCGGCGGUGAUCAGUGGCGAGCUAGUUGAUGAAACUUCUGCUACAGCUGGAUUAUUAUGGUCGACGGGAAAAGACGAGCCUGAUCUCUUGAGCAAGGCUGAGCCGGAAAACAGCGACGAUUCAUCCGCCGCUGCGGUUGUUAAUGACCAUGAUGACCUUGACGGCGGGUUUUCUUCUCUCGAGGGGAUGUUGCAUUGGGCCAUUGGGCAUUCUGAUCCAACGAAAUUAAAAGAAAACGCGGAAGAUGUCCAGCGCCUGUCUGCUAGUGAGUUACAGAAGCGUCAAAUAGAACUUAAGGAGUUGAUGGAGAAGAUGAAAAUGCCAUCUGAUGCAGAGUUGAUGCAUAUGGCAAUAGAUGAUUUAAACAAUUCUUCUUCAUCUUUGGAGGAUCGCCAACGUGCGUUGCAGGAGCUUCUCAUACUUGUUGAGCCACUUGACAAUGCAAAUGAUUUGAACAAACUUGGUGGACUUGCCAUAGUAAUCCAAGAACUUGAUCACCCUGACCAUGACAUAAGAAGACUUUCUGCUUGGGUUCUCGGAAAAGCUUGUCAGAAUAACGCAGCUGUUCAAAAACAGAUUUUGGAACUUGGGGCACUGUCGAAGCUGAUAAAGAUGGUAAAAUCUAGUUCCAUAGAAGAAGCCAUUAAGGCACUAUAUGCUGUUUCAACAUUGAUCCAAAACCAUUUAGCUGGCCAGGAAUUUUUUUAUGCAGAAGAUGGGGAUGCAAUGCUUCAGGAAAUACUGAGCAACUCAAGCAAUGAUAUCAGACUCCUCAGGAAAGCUGUUUCUGUAGUUGCUGAUCUAGCUGAAUACCAGUUAGAAAAUAUAAUAAGAGCUGAGUCUCCAUGCUUCAGAAAUCGCUUCUUCCUGAAGUCUGUAGUUGAUCUAACAGCAUCAACAGAUCUUGAUCUCCAGGAAAAGGCCCUUGUUGCAGUCAAGAAUCUGCUGCAACUUAAAACAACCGAUGCUUUGGUUUUGAAGGAUUUGUGUAAUUUGGAUGGUUCCUUGGAGAGGAUGAGGCGGCAGCUGCUAGAUUUAAUGGCAGAGGAAGAUCAUCGGGACUAUGCAGUGGAUUUGGAAACCCUCAGAGGAGAAGUCGAGCAGAUUUUCCAUGAAAAGCUAGGAAAGGUGAUGAAGGUUCCAACAUGAAGAGACAUUUUUGUGCCUAUACACUGUUUAUGGUGUCGGGAUUUCGGUGCUUGCAUCAGUCAACCUGCAAUGGAUUUCUGUCCUAUAGGAAUAGAGCGGCUAGUUUUGCUGGGGGCAUAGGUUCGAACUUGUUUUGCCAAUAUUUUUCCACAUAAGAAUUACUUUGACCUUUGAAAUUAGUUGAUGUUAGGAUAUAUAGAAAAAAAGGAAAGAAAACCCAGCAAAAGUAGAGCUUACUGCAGUAGUGUUAACCCAUCAAAAGUAGAGAUGAUUGCAGUAGUGUUCUUUUAGUUUGAUACUAAAUAAAUGCCUCUUGUUACUC